AUGGGGUUCGCUGAAUCAUCAAACGGAGGCAUCCGUCUCCUUCACAUGUACGGAGUAGAGCGUAGCGGCACGAUGUCUGGGAAUGGCUGGCGAGCCGCUCAGGGCGCCAUCCCCGUCAAUGUGUAUGCACUGACGAGGUCAAAAAAAGUCUACCAUACAAAAAGAUGUCCAAGAUUUGGUGUAUCCCAUCCGCCACCGACGGCGGCCAGUCGCGUAUCAACUUCGUCCAUUCUCAUACCGCGCCUGCAAAGCCCCGAAAGCUUCACCGACGCGGGAGACCCAUCCGAUGUUUCUCGCUCCCAACCGACCGCAAAAUCUCUGGCUGUAGCCGUGUCAGGAAGAACGUAUCGACGUAUCCGACCACGAGCUGCGCCAUCACAAGGGGAGAAUAUUGCCUCACUCGAAGCCUCGAGGCUCCCGGUUGUCGUCGAACGAACAAAAAGGCGCCAAGCCCACAAAAUUCUUCCAUUUCGUGAAAAAUCAGAUUUGCCUUUCAUCGCGUCCGAUACUAGUAACAAGGUCGUGUCAAACGCCUAUGUCAUGGCCCCCUCCGCCCUCGACACCUUUGCCCUGAAGCCACCAGAAGGGGAGAGCUUGGAUGCUUCAGACGGAGGCAGCAGCAUCAUGUUAUCCACGUGGCUAUCAUCACCUGCAAAAUAUCCAAUUAGCAUUCUCGUCGUUUUUUUUUCGACGCCGGCUGGGGGACCUGAGGAAGGCGCCAUGCUGCAGCAGCCCACCUGUGUCGCAUUGGAUGGCUUCAAAUGUCACAAAAUCAUACCUGAUCUCAACCCACUCAUCAUUCCUUCUGAUCACGCCAUUGUGCCCUGCCGGAGCUCCAAUUUGAUCGCCACACCUUCCACAUUUUACCCCAAGCUUUUGCGCGGUCGCUUGUCUUCAAUUAGCCCUGCUAGACCUUCCCGAUGCUUCGCCAAUGCUGUCGCAGUAGAGCGUUGGCUGCGCUGCGUCCGCGCACAUCACGAUCGCAACCCCUUAGCCGAAGUCUCUCUCUUCUUCAAAACUCAAUAUGUAGUCAGACAAGUCUUCCUGGCCCUGUCAGAGGAGUUCAAGGAGUGCUUCGCACUCCCUCAAAUGUCGUCGCCCGAUACAUGGAGUAAACCAGGCUCCUCGAUCAUCGUCAGCGGACACAUCGGCCGAACGAGAAAGGUCGGCAAGAACUUGGCAUUCGCCCACCUGGAGCGCAACGGAGAACGAAUUGGUCAAAUCUGUGCCAAGGGCGACAAUGCGGCUACACUAGCAAAGAUUCGCCCCUUCAGCGCCGUUUUGGCAAAGGGCGUAACGACAGACGCAUCGGGCGCGACACGAUUCGAGAUUGACAUGGAUUCGAUACAAUACCUCAACCCAUUCCCGAAGGACAUCAUCGUUGGUCCCGAUACCGUUUUCCCGCCAGAGCAACGUCAUCUCCAGCUGCGCUUCCACAAGGAGCUGAAGGAGAGGCUGCGGUUCCGUGCGCAGCUCAAGUCGUCCAUGGGGCAGGCGAUGGUGGACAGGGAGUUCAUGGACGUCGAGACGCCCAUCCUCUUCAAGUCGACUUCAGAAGGCGCAAGAGAGUUCAUUGUGCCGACGCGGCGACCCAGAUACGCCUAUGCGCUACCCCAGAGCCCCCAGCAGUAUAAGCAGGUCCUUAUGGCUUCUGGAAUGGGGGGUUACUACCAAUUUGCGCGGUGCUUCCGUGAUGAAGAUCAUCGUGCAGACCGUCAACCCGAAUUCACACAGCUGGAUAUGGAAAAGUCCUUUGCUACGGGCAAGACCAUCAUGGAGGACGUAGAAUAUGUCGUCGGCCGUGCGUGGGAUGCUGUGAGAGAGCAGUACGUCAUGGAAGUGGGAGAAGACUCAUUCGCGCCGGUCAGGAAGGCAUCACUCGAGGACUGGAAACAAUGUGUUCAGGACAGUAUGAAAGACGACGCCAAAGCACCUCUCUACCAAGAAUACCCUGCCAUUUCUGCGCCAUUCCUCAGAAUGAAGUACACCGACUGCAUGGACUUGUACGGAUCCGACAAGCCGGAUCUGCGCAUUCCCAACAGGAUAUGUCGCGUUGACGAAAGCCUCAACAAGGACUUUGUCAGCAUGAUCACAGAUCUCGACGCACCAAUCGUCGAAGUCUGGAAGAUCAGCCCACACGAAGACGCUGAUAGGCGGGACGUGUGGAAGUUUGUGACGGAGUUCAUGGAGAAUCUGCCCAAAAGCCUAUCACAAAACCCAGACGGCGCUCCCACAGCCUUGAUGUUCGACAGCAGCAAACCGCUCAACGGCUUCUCCGCCCUUGGUCCCGAAGGCCUAGACAGCAUCCUAGGCUCUCUCCCCGAGGAAGCCGGCUUUUCGUCGCUCGAGAACGGAGACAUCGUCCUCUUCCAGGCACGCAAGAACCAGCCCCAGCAAGGAGGCUCAACCAAACUCGGCGAAGCGAGAAUCGCCCUAUACCACGCUGCCGUGGAGGCCGGCCUCCUAGACAGGGACGACACCUUCAAGUUCCUCUGGGUGACCGACUUCCCCAUGUUCACCCCGGAAGAAGAAGGCGACGUCGGUCAGGGCGGCGCUUCGGGCUUCUCGGCCACCCACCACCCCUUCACGUCCCCGCACUCCGGAGAGGACUUUGAGCUGCUCUUCAAGGACCCGCUCCGGGCCAAGGCCGACCACUAUGACCUCGUGCUCAACGGCGUGGAGCUCGGCGGCGGCAGCCGGCGUAUCCACAUUGCCGAGAUCCAGGAGUUCAUCUUCCGCGACAUCCUCAAGAUGAGCCAGGACAAGAUUAAGGAGUUUUCGCACCUACUCAAGGCGCUAAGGGCGGGGUGUCCGCCGCACGCGGGCUUCGCCAUCGGGUUCGACCGGUUCGUGGCCGUGUUGAGCGGCUCGUCUUCCGUCAGGGACGUGAUUGCGUUCCCGAAGAAUAAUAACGGCGUGGACGAGUUUGCUGGCGGGCCGGGCAAGAUGACGAAGGAGCAGUUGCUGACGUAUAACCUGCAGUUCCGCAAGAAGGAAUGA